AUGAGCUCGCCGAAGGAGAAGACCGCCGCUGUAGCAGAGGAGAAGACCUCCACGGAGACAGAGAGGUUCUCUGUCCCCGAGUACUUUGAGCGUCACCAAGCAAAGCGUGACGCUCUUGCUGCCAAGACUGCGGCGGGGACAACCCAGCCGGAGAUUUUCCUCGAAGGUUCCUCAGUAGUCAACGACGCCGUUGACUACGGGGACGGCGACGUGGAGAUGGAAGAGGGCGGAUCCUCGUCAAGCAGGCGCAAGGAGUCUAUCGACAGCGAUAGUCUGGACCCGCACGCCGGGUCGAGACGCCCUCGUGAAGGAGACGACUCGGACGCUUCGAGCUCGAAGCGUUCGCGCGGCGAGAGCGAAACUUCGCUCUCCGCUGCUGAGGCUUUAAGCUCCCCGCGUGAUGUGGCGUCUUCAACAGCGCGCGAUCCGUGGACGCCGUCUGCGUCAGAGAUCGCAGACCGCGUGGGCAACACCGUGCCUCCAAACGAAAUCCCGCUGUACGUAUGCAGCGGCAUCCACGACGGUGCUGUGGCGGAGGGGCAGCACUUUGAUCCGUUAACGAAUCAAAGGCGCGACUACGACAUCGGGCUCUUCCACGAGCUCCGGUACUUCUCCAGCAAGAAGACCUCUUCCCGCAGCAAAGUGCCUGAGUGGCAGGCACUUUGUAAAAGUUGGAAUGCCUUUGUUGAGAACUUUAACAAGAAGCCGGAAGCUUACGGCGAGCGGGUUAAGCAUGCCCGUGAGCGCUUCGAGACAUUCUCGACGCGCGGGAGGCUGGAGCAGCUCCACAGAUCCUCUGUGGACGCUGCGCGCUUGAGCGAUCGCGACCUAAACGGGUACACGACGGUUCGUGUACCUGCGAGUGUCAAGGAUCUCCGUACCAAGUUCCUGGCACGUGAGGAACGCGACGAGCGCGGGCCUUCGGGCGCUGCAGGUGACUACAGCGCUCGCACUACCUUCGCGCCGGCAGUGCGUGGUGAGCUUCGUACGCCCUCACCAUUUCCGGAACGUCCUGCAGCAGGACGUCCCGCGGCUCCCAUGUAUCUUGGUGGGGCGGAAACCCUCUCCAACGAAUACGAUAACGAAGCGGAUGCCAGUUCGUUAUCGGGAUACUAUGGUUCACAUACGCUCAACAAUCCAGCGCGGCGGUGGUGGGAACACGCCCCGGGUAUGGUCCAUCCACCUGGGGUUGACCUUGGCUGGCCGACUCUCGAGGAGCAGGUCGCCGUAGUGGAGCAGCAUCAGAGCCGCGAGUUCGCCGCUCUGAAGCAGGAGAUUGCGAUCCUGAGGGCUCAAGUCGCUCAGGGUUCGCAGACCACGUCGGAUAUCUCCGUCGAUGUGGGAGGUCGCGUCGUUCGUUUGGCCCAGCGCGUUCACGUACUGGAGCAGAAGGUUUUUCCCGCCGGGGCUCCCGCUUCGGGCCAGCCGAGCUAG